UAUUGCCACAACUACCCAACCUCACUUAAUCACCUCGGUUAUUUGUUAAGCCUUCCUCCCACCAAACUCAAUUUUCAUCGAUGGCGGAAUCUAUUCUCUUCAGCCUUACAGGAAAAAUUAUAAUGAAAUUGGGGUCUUUCGCAGGCCAAGAGCUUGCAUUGCUCUGGGGCGUGGUUAAUGAGCUUGACAAGCUCAAACGCAUGCUUUCUGCCAUUCAAGCCGUGGUUCUGGAUGCAGAGGAGCAGCAGUUCAAGAGCCAUGCAGUCAAGGAUUGGAUUUCAAAGCUUAAAGAUGCUCUCUACGACAUUGAGGACCUAUUUGAUGAGCUCUCUUAUGCAACCCUGAGAAUGCAAGUUAUGGCUAGAGAUAAUAGAAGAAAGACCUACAAACAGGUAUGCAUGUUCUUCUCCAAAUCGAAUCCUAUUGCUUUCGCUCUCAAAAUGGGUCACAAAAUCAAGGCAAUUAGGGAGAGACUAGCAGAUAUUGGUAUCGAGAAAACCCAAUUUAAAUUCUCUGAGUGUGUGAUUAUAAAUAUAAGAGAUGAUGGAUUGAGGAAGACACGAGAGACUGGCUCUUAUAUACCUGAAGAGGAAGUGAUUGAUAGGAAUGAUGACAAGAAAGCAAUAAUAAAUCUGCUAUUAAAACCCAACACCAACAGAGAUCCUGUAAUUUCUAUAGUUGGAAUGGGAGGAUUAGGAAAGACUGCCCUUGCUCAAUCUAUCUAUAAUGAUAACAUGUUGGUCGAACAUUUUGAUUUGAAGUUAUGGGUGUGUGUUUCUGAAGAAUUUGAAGUAAAAGUUAUAAUCGAAAAAAUAAUAGAGUCUGCAACGGGGAAAAGACCUGAGUCAUGCCUUCAAAUGGAUUCCUUGCAAAGUAAACUUAGAAAGCUAGUUGAUGAAAAGAAAUAUUUGCUCAUCAUGGAUGAUGUGUGGAAUGAGGAUCAUGAGAAAUGGGUAAUUCUGAGACAAUCCUUGAUAGAUGGUGCAAAAGGGAGUAGAAUUUUGAUCACAACGCGUAGUGAACAAGUUGCAAAAACUUUUGACUCAUCUCCAUUGUAUUUUGUAGAAAGCUUGGAUGAAGACAACUCUUGGUUAUUGUUUAAGAAAAUGACAUUUUGUAGACAAUCAGAACAAGAUCUUAUGAAUUCAAAUUUAGUCGAAAUUGGUAAAGAGAUUGUGGCAAAAUUAAAAGGUGUCCCUCUUGCAAUAAAAACUAUAGGACGACUUUUGUAUGCUAAAAAGUCAGAAGAUCGUCUUUCAAAGAUAAGGAACUUUACCAAAUUACGGAACAAAGAGGUUUAGAAGACCUGCGAUCAAUA